AUGGCAUCAGCCCCCACCGACCGCUACAAGCUCGUCUUCUUCGCCCCACCCCUCGACCUUCCCCCCAUCAAAGAAGCCAUCUUCGCCACGGGAGCAGGCCACUACCCGGGCCCAGGCAACUAUACGAAAUGCGCCUUCACCACGCCCGGCAUCGGGCAGUUCCUCCCCGGCGACUCGGCGAAGCCGCAUAUUGGCCAACCGGGCAAGGUGGAGGAGGUGGGCGAGGUGAGGUGUGAGAUUAUCUGUGUGGGGAGGGAGGUUGCAAGGGAGGCUGUUGCUGCUUUGAAGAAGGCACAUCCGUAUGAGACGGCGGCGUAUGAGGUGUAUAAAGUUGAGGAUCUAUGA